GUGGACGACAACAGAAAAAAAAGAAAGAAAAAAUGAGAAAGCAAAAUUGGCUGUUAGGAACGGGAAGAAGAAAGAAAAAUAGAACUCCAAAAGAAAGGAAGAAAGAAAAUGAUGAGGCAGUAUUCUUUGAGUCUCAUCCCUCAGGCUUCUUUGCCUUGCUUUUCUCCCCAUCACGCCAGGAAUAGCGUUAUUAUCAAGAGCACAUUUACAUCGCCAAAGUUCCUUUCUAGUUUCCAUGUUGCACCAUCAGCUCAUCACAUUACCAAGCAACAUAGCCACAACAAGAAGCAGCAAACAAUAUGCAGCAGCAGCAGAAUUCUGCAUAUCUCAAAGGCUAAUGAUGAGGGCUUCUUCAACAGCAGCAGCAGCAGCAACUUGUCCAUUCAACUUGGGGCACUUGUGGCCAUUCUUGUGCAGCCAGGAGCGGCAUAUGCAGUUACAGGGGUGAAUAAUGAGGAAGAUCUUACCUGGACUUUGAUCCAAGUAGCCAUUGUUGCCUUUUGGUACUUCAUUAUCAUGCCUCCUGUCAUAAUGAACUGGCUGAGGAUAAGGUGGUACAGAAGAAAACUGCUGGAAAUGUAUCUGCAGUUCAUGUUUGUCUUCCUCUUCUUCCCAGGGGUAAUGUUAUGGGCGCCAUUUCUCAACUUCAGGAAGUUCCCAAGAGAUCCAUCAAUGAAGUACCCUUGGUCUAAACCUGAAAAUCCUUCCCAAAUCAAGAACGAUUACCUCAAGUACCCUUUUGCCUCUCCUGAAGAUUAUGAAUAACAGAGAAAAGAAAACAACAAAGACGGACCUGAGAUCAACCUCUUCCUCUUUUAUUGAUUCACUCACUGAUUAUAUGUUUUAAACUAAAUAUAAUUUCUUUUACCCAUUGAUCGUUGCUCUAAGCAUAUGUACAACGCACUGCAGUAUCCACUUCCACCAGAAACAAAAGAUACAGAGUAUCCACUCACUUAAUGCAAGAUUAGCCCAGCAUUAGGAUUCGACUACUGUUAUUACAUAGAUGCUAGAUGCGCCUUCGGGACCGAUUUCUACG